CCCCGUGCGGCAGCGCCGUAAAGCGCCGGGCCAUGGCGGCCGCCCGGGUGCUGCGAGCCGGUGGCUGUUACCGCCGCCACCCCCUCUCCUCCGCUUCCUCCUCCGCCUCCUCCGGCAGCAGCCGCGCGGCUGAGCGCGGGGAGCGGCCGGACACCGUGGGCGGGGGUUUCCGUCCCCCUGCACACUCGCACAGUGACUGGAUCGGGCCCCCGGACAAGCACUCCAACCUGCGCCCCGUCAUCUUCUACGUGCCCCCCGAGGAGUCGGCGCUGGAGCGGCGCCUGCGGGAGGCGCGCCAGGAGGCCCAGGCCAGCAACCAGCGCUUCUGGGCACGGCACAACCGCGCCUUCCGCCAGGAAAAAGAAGAAUUUAUUUAUUCAAGACUGAAAGCCAAGGGUCUGGAAAUGAGAGAUGAAUCAGGUCAAAAAGCAACACUGAAUGCAGAAGAAAUGGCUGAAUUUUACAAGGACUUUCUAAAUAAAAAUUUAAAAAAGCAUUUGCAGUAUAACAGAAAUGUGCCUCCACUGGACAAGAGCUCCUCUGGUAAAUGUUUUAGUUGCUGAGCAAUUUAACAAAUGUGCUGCCCAUCAUUUAAUUUUGGUAGAAGACAAAACUGGUAACUCCUGUAUGAAGAAUGACAUUACUACAAACAUGCACUGCUUUCUUCUGGCUCAUUUCUUCCCAAAAAAUGCUCUCUUCUCACCAGCUUCUCCAAAGCACUGAAAAUAACUCGUCUAAAUGGUUUUUUUUGUGGCCUCCAAGUAGGUAACAGCAAUUGGAAGGAGCUUGGUUCAAGUGAAGUCCUAAAAUAUGCCAUUUUUAAAUUAAAAGAAGUCUCAUUCCUCACUAUCUUCUCUCUGUCCAUUUAUACAGUUAAAUUACUUUUUUUUAUCCGGUACCUACUAAGAGGAUUCUGUUAAAAAGAAUGUAUGCUGUGAGACAAAGUCUUUUCCUAAAGCUGUGCUGUAGGGAAGGUUCUGCUUUUGGAAGCAUCAUCUCAGUAGCCAUUGACCUAUUUUUCAUAUCUAAACAUGACAUGGUUUGUUCACAGACUUUUUCAACUGGAGCAAAAAGAGCUUUGGCCACAUCAGCCAUAAUAAUUUUCUGCAAAAUGAAAUAAAUGAAAGAAAUUACUGAUACAGUAGCAGAUCACAGUGUUUCAUACAACUGUGAUAUUAUUGGGCUAAAGUGGCCACUGAAUUGUGGUUUUACAUGUUAUUAGUAAAUGAAAAGAGUCAUUAAUGGUGUUUGCUGAGAUCAUAACCAACACUUUGAAAAUAUUUGUGAAUGUUACACUGCAUCAGUACUGUAAAGAGUAUAUAUUAAAAAUUUAUAAAAUAUGCCAUGUUUAGGAAAAUAAAUUUUUGAAAUA